GAGCAACUGCCCCUCCUCUGCAGAGCAGGAGCAUCGCCCCAUUGCAGAGCAGCUUCCUCCCCCCCUUUGCAGAGCAGCUGGGGGCAGGAGCAUCGCCCCCCAGCGCAUUGCAGCCCCCCUCGCCUCCAUUGUAGGGUCAGGGACAUGUACCGCUCUCUGCAGACUCCACCCUCAUUCCCUUUGCAGACCAGCUGGAGACACAAGCGUCCUACCCCACGCAGACCUAACUGAGAAGGGCAGCAGGUUGGAAAUGGAGGAUGUGCGUUGGAUGCAGUGACUAGGAUACUUUCACAAGCCAGAGCAUCCCUGCUAAUCAUUGCCUGCUGAAUAGCUCAGAGGUGCAGGAGCGGGUAGAUCUUUUAACACCUUCUCAGAGAUGCCUGACGAGAUGCGUCAGAGUAGCAGUGGGAUGGAGGAAGCCACACAGAAAGAAACAAAGGGUGGAACACACAGCCCUCGCCAAGGCUCCCUGCGGAGAGCCGUGGCUACGGUAGUGGCCUUUGAUGGAGAAGCCACUAUGGACAGAAGGAAAAAGAAAAAGAAGGAGUCCCGUCCAGAGUCGAUUAUAGUUUAUCGGUCAGAGAAUGAAAAUAAGGUGGAGGAGCAGCAGGCGGAUGAGGAAGGUGGGGAGAGAAGGUCACAAGAAGGCUCCAAGUUCCUGGGAAAUUCCAUGGCAGAUGGUGUCUGGAGCAUGCCCUUAGACAGCCGAUAUGUUACUUUAACCGGAACUAUCACCAGGGGGAAGAAGAAGGGUCAGAUGGUGGACAUCCAUGUUACGCUAACAGACAAAGAGCUGCAGGAGCUAGCAAAGUCAAAGGAGCCUCCAAAAGAGGAGACAACGGAAGGGAAAAAGACUUGUGAUAUUGGAUUGGAAAGGGGCCCGCACGUCCUGCUCUGGAGCAUCAUCUGCCUUCCUGUCAUCUUUGUCAUGUCCUUUGUGGUUUCCUUUUACUACGGGACCAUCACUUGGUACAACAUCUUCUUGGUGUACAAUGAAGAGAGGACCUUCUGGCACAAGAUCACCUUUUGUCCCUUGCUGAUUAUCUUCUACCCAAUCAUAAUCAUGGUCAUGGCUUUCUUCCUAGGCUUGUAUACGGCAGUUACCCAGAUCACGUGGUCCUUCAGCAGCUGGUGGCAUGCCGUGAGAGAUAUGGAGAAAGGGUUCUGUGGCUGGUUGUGUAGCAAGCUGGGCCUAGAAGACUGUUCUCCGUACAGUAUUGUUGAGCUGCUAGAUUCUGACAAUAUCUCAGGUAGUCUCUCUGGCAAAGGCUCGGCACAGGGCGUUGAGACUUCAGCAGUGUGAGGUUUUGUCCCAUCUGGCUCUGACGUUGUGGUUCGCGUGGCUCAUGAAUGGUUCACCAAACUAGCCUGACUUUUUUUAUAUUUGAGCGCACACGAAAAGAAUAAAAGCUUUGGGAGUUGUGGAGGGAAAUGUUAAAUAUGCACAGUGCACCAAUGUGCCAGAUGAGAGUCUGGCAUUUGUUGUCAAGUGAGCAUGCAUGGUUAUGUCACAGGGCUGCUCAGUUGAUCUGUUUAAUAUUUGGUUUUAGCAUCCCACAACUGUGUAAUUGUGAGAUGAUCCAAGUGUGGUAAGGUUGGAAGUUGUAUAGGGGUGUUGGGGUGAGCAGGGAAAUAGAGCAAACGCAGUUUUAACUUGAAGGUGGAAAGGAUGGAACAUAUGAUGCAUAUAGAUCUAGCUAAGGGAGUCUGCUAUCUGGUUAAUCCCUAUACCCAACAUUUGCUGAAUUUCAGAAAUUCAGUGCUCGUGGUGCUAGAGGGCAGAUUGCAGAAUGCAUGAGGUUACUAAAGUUGUCUUAGAAACUGGCCCAUUGGUUCGCUAGUUCACACGAAUGCAACAAACCUUGCAAGUAGUCUGGCUGCUGCAGAUGAGAACGUACAGCGGUUUCCAAAGCACCCUCUACUGAAUAUCUAUUGAUGUGCAAGCAAAAACUCAGGGUGUGCUAAAAACUUCCUCCUUUCUUAAUCCUAAUUAUAUAGCAGUGAAGGAAACCAACGUCUCUGCUGGACAAGAGCCAGUAGUCUGUACUUGUGAAAGCUGUCUGUGUUUGAGUGGAGCAGUAGCAUGUGGAUUCAGAGCUGCACAGAUGAUGUGGAUGAAGGGAAAGACUUUUUACAUGGAUAUAAGGCAACAGAAUGGUCUGUCUUGCUGUCCUUAUAGUGCAGUGACUCUGUCCCUUGAGAAUGGAAGAUCCUGAGCCUAAUGCAAAAUCCAUUUGUGUGUCAGCUCUGGAAAUCCCACCCCAUUUCUUGAUUCUAUACAAUUAAUUGUAAUGAGCGAUGAUGGACUUUUGACCUUCAUUUUAAGUCAAUCCCCCUCUGGCUGUAUUUCAUUGUCACGGCUGUUUUCCCUCUUUUGGAGACAUUCAUGGCAUCAUCACAUCCGAAAGGAACGUUUUUAGGGUAUUUAAAGACGGGCACAGAAAUGCCUUUCUGAUCCCUAACUUGACUGCCUGGUUUGGAAUGGGAAGGACCCCCUAAGAUAGUUGAAUUACAAGCGUCCAAAAAUAGUUUCAUUCUGUAAAUAGUCUGCGUACACCUACCUCUACAGCAGUGGUUUCCAACCUUUUUUUCAUUUCCAGGCCCCCUAAAAUGUUUUGAAUGGAGGUGUGUACCCCUUUGGAAAUCUUAGACAUAGUCUGUGAUGGACCCAUGGCCCAUAGGUUGAAAACCACUGCUCUCCAGCAAAGGUGAUGCCCGUGAAUGGCCUGGAGCAUGAGCCCUCUACUUCCACAUCCCCAACAUGUGGACAUUAAGGGCAGGGACAGAGCAAUCUUUCCCUUCUCUGCCUCGGUCAUUGCCUGGAAGGGUCCACCUGUCUCAUGCAUGGAGAUCGGUGAUUCAUAGUAUGGGUGCCAUCUAUUCAGAGAAGGGAGCCUUCGUGGGUAUGUGGAGUAAGGAUGUUAAGUAUCCGGUAAUUGACUAAUCGAAUAGUUGAUGCAUUUUUGCAACAAAGUGUAGCAACAGCCCUAGGGCGAA